AUAUAGACUGACUUGUAUAAGAGAAACAUUUUUAUCUGGAAAGGAAAGUUGUAAUUUGGGCUGUUUUUGUUUUUUUAUUUUCGAACUAGGCGGGCUUUACGGCGUGAUAGGGCUGGAGAUCGUCUUUCCCAUCAUGCAAUCUUGGUCAGAAAUGUUAAAGAUAGGAGAGAAGACUGGCCAAGGUGGAACAUAUUUUUCUUCGUCUGUGGCUGGUUUUUCCUCGAUUUCAGUCACUUAACUGAACCGAAGCCUCGACGACGUGUCCAGCAUUAGCCACAUUUCGGAGUCAAACAUCAGUUUUCGAGUCUUACCACUCGUUGAAGUUUUGCGAUCUACUUUAGCCUAGCCUAGCCUAGCUGACCAACGGCUAACAAAGCUGCAAGGCACGUUAUCAAUCGUUCAGAAAUCAAGUCAGGAAAAUGUCAGCGAAAACGACACCGGCUGCAGUAAAAUUCCUGGAGGAACUUUGUGGAGUAAAAGAGGAGCCCCCACGUCAGCAACCCUCGACUGUGUGCAAAAUAAUGCACGCAAAGGUUGUUCUUCACAGACUAGAAGAUCUAUAUGUCAGCCAUGCCCAUCGCCUUGAGCACCAGGAGUCUGGAUGCGUCAAGGGGGAGGAGGAAGAGUCGCCAUGCAUCAAGGAGGACGAGUCCGUUCACAUUAAAGGAUUCAGAAAAUAUCUUGAUGCUGAGCCAGAAUCUACUGGCAUUAAAGAGGAUGUGGAGCUCCCCCAAAUCAAAGAGGAGGAGGAGCCUGAGCCCUGUCAACAGAUGGAGAGAGAAGAGCACCUUCCAAUCAAAAAGGAGGAGGAGGAGCUGCCAUAUGGUAAAGAGGAGGUAAACGAGGUGCAUAUCACCAGGUUGACUGGUGAGCCCUUGAAGAGUGAAGAUGGUCCGAGUGAGGCCAGCAGAGGGGCGGAGCCUCCAAGCGAGGAGAGUAGCAGCAGUUCAACAGAAGGAUUGCAAGCAGACAUUGCUCCAUCAGACAGAGAUGGCGCCAAGUCACACUUACCUUACAAUGAUGAUGGUUAUAAGACAUCUCACGGUGACGACAAACCCUGCAAAUGCUCUCAGUGUGGGAAAACCUUUGCUACUAAGCAAAGUUGUCGUAGGCAUAUGAGGAUCCACACUGGCGAAAAACCUUUUUCCUGCUCCGUUUGUGGUCAAGGAUUCGCACAUAAAACAACCUUACAAACUCAUGAAAGAAUCCACACUGGCGAAAAACCUUUUUCCUGCUCAGUUUGUGGAAAAGGAUUCUCUUCAAAGAGAGAACUAAUAAUUCACAUAAGAACCCACACUGGCGAAAAACCUUUUUCCUACUCAGUUAGUGAUCAAAGAUUUGCUCGGAAGGCACUCUUAAAACAACACACAAGAACCCACGCUGGCGAAAAAACUUUUUCCUGCUCAGUUUGUGGAAAAGGAUUCUCUUCAAAAAGAAAACUAAUAAUUCACACAAGAACCCACACUGGAGAAAAACCCUUUUCCUGCUCAGUUUGUGAUCAAAGAUUUGCCUCGAAGCAAUGCUUAAAACAACACACAAGAAUCCACACUGGCGAAAAACCUUUUACCUGCUUAGUUUGUGAUCAAAGAUUUGCACGGAAGCUACACUUAAAACAACACACAAGAACCCACACUGGCGAAAAACCUUUUUCCUGCUCAGUUUGUGAUCAAAGAUUUGCUCAGAAGCAAUGCUUAAUACAACACACAAGAAUCCACACUGGAGAAAAACCUUUUCCCUGCUCAGUUUGUGGUCAAAGAUUUGCUCGGAAGCGAUGCUUAAAACAACACACAAGAAUCCACACUGGAGAAAAACCUUAUCCCUGCUCAGUUUGUGAUCAACGAUUCACUCGGAAGGAUUACUUACAACAACACACAAGAACCCACACUGGCGAAAAACCUUUUUCCUGCUCAGUUUGUGAUCAACGAUUCACUCGGAAGGAUUACUUACAACAACACACAAGAACCCACACUGGCGAAAAACCUUUUUCCUGCUCCAUUUGUGGUCAAGGAUUCGCACAUCAAACAAUCUUAAAAACUCACGGAAGAAUCCACACUGGUGAAAAACCUUUUUCCUGCUCUGUUUGUGGUCGAAGAUUCGCGCGGAAGAAUAGGAUAAAGAGACACGUGUGUAUUGGUGUGGGAAGCAGUUGCUAUUGACUGUUUUGCCUGUCAUCCGUGCUGGCUUAAUGAGAUUUUGCAUGCCGGACGAUUGUAUUCCGUUGAGCUUUCUUUAAUCCUGUUGGGGAUUGGCACUUUUGGUACCUUGCUUUGUCCAAUUGUUGUAUGAUGUCCAUCCACCCUAUUGCCAAAACCUCACCUGAUUGAAGUCUCUCAUUUAUUAUUUGAAACGACAGACCCCAAAUUCCAAAAAUUCAAAAUCAUACGUAAUUAAUAUCAUUAAAUAAAUAUGGAAAAUUAGGAUAUAUUGUUCAAUGUUGCAAAAUAAUAAUAAAAGAAAUACUGGCUCACAAAUUAGAUUUCUGCAAUGGGAUUAAUGUAUAUUUCAUUUCUAAAAAUUCUAUUACAUUCCUACUCGUGAUUGACAGAGACAUGUUACAAAAGAGUAUGAGGGCCUCAUAAAGGGUGUUCGGGAGAAAAAAGUUUUGGUGUAUCAUUUUUGUUAAAAAAUGAAUAAUCACCAUAAUACAUAAACGCACAAGUUUGUAUAUUUAACCUUAGAGACUAAAUUCAUGUUGAAAAUGUUUUUGUUUGUUAAUAACAUGGUCACCACCUGACACCUUGCUUGCUACAAGAGGCACUUUGAAUAAGGCGCUAUUGAAAUGGAAAAGUUCACUGUUGACAGAGGAGGCGUAAACAGUGACAUUUUCUAAAAUUCAAUUGAAGGUCGAAAAUGAAGAUGAUUAUGAUGAUAGUUCUGUAAUAGUGCCCAGUGACAAAAGUUAGCUGCAGAUUUAGGCCGGAGUCCAGAAAGGAAAUUUAUCUUUGGCGUCUUCAAAUAAGUAGGAUGAUUUUAUUUUAGCUUUAAUAUUAUUUGUUGUUGCUGUUGAGCUUCCACCGUGUAGAGCGCUGUUGGUUAUCUGUGUUCAAAUUUAUUUUAGUGUUGUAAAAAGGGGGUGUUAAACCGAGGAUUAUUGGACCUUUUAGUUUUCAAAUGUGUUUGUGUGUCAUUGCGCCGUCUAGCUGUGGGGAUUUGCACUUUUAUUUCCAAUACCAGAGCUCCAACACGCACAGUAGUUGAAAUAGAACUUUGUAGUAGCCUCGUACGUAAACUAUCCGGCAUGCGUCUAUACGGCCAUCGUGCACGCCUUGUGUGGAAUGACAUAGAAAUUUGGAUGGAAACGGAUGUUUUUGGAUGGGGAAAACCUAAAAUAGAGUCGCAGCUUCAAGCACUCCUGUACCAGUCCCCGCCGAUGAAAAUCUCAUCUCUGCUUCGAACUUCAAAGUGCUUGCACCUCACCGCCCUUGUUUAUUUUUAUUCAUAAUUUAUACCUUGUUUUUAUUCAGUCCACUAUAUUUAAAUGUACUUUUGAUAUUUUAUCCUGAUUUUAUGUGAUAUCGACCCUAAUCACCAACGUCACACAAUCACGUGAUCGCUGUUUUGUGCCGCCAUAUUGUCCGUCAUUGUGUGUCCGUAUUGUCAAUGAUCGUAGUUUCUAAAGGUGGAUUCACUUGCAAAUUAUGGAAGCCCGGGUGCUUUCAGACGCUGUAAACUCAUUGAAUGAGUUGCAUAAAAGCCAUUAUUUAGCUAAGCCAUUAUUAUAAAGCUUCGGUCGAUCUAGUCUCCAGAUCCAUAUUUGAUGCCCAAAUUCUGGUCCCGUCCCGUGCAAAAACCUUCUGUCAUACUACAGUUGAUGUCACGAUGAGGCGUUGGGUACCCAAAAUCGGCACCGGCCCGAUUAUAAACCGACAUUUGGGCAGCUGAGCGUCACCAUUGUCACGAUUGUAAAAUGAAACUUGAUUUCCGCCCUGACGGGAGCGCUUAGUUAGAACGCUUUAUUGAAGUGAAAACAUCAAAUGUUUUCACGGACACAUUACAGUAAUGGAUUUACGACUGUAAAAUAAGUUUUAAAUAAAUAAUUAAAUUACACAAAAUAUUAGUACUUUAUUUUAGGAACAAAUCGUGGACUGGGCCACAUAACCAUCUUUGAACAGAAAUAUAUUAGUCUACAGGUUUUCACGACCAUAUCCCAAUGACAAUCACACAGGAAUGACAUUUAUUAGUUCAUGCAGAGUAAAAUAAUACAUAUACACAGUACAAGAUUUAUUAGUUUAAGCAGAGUAAAAUAAUACAUAUUCACGGUACAAGAAAGUCGUUUCCGUGUGGGCGCUACCAUCAGGGGGGACAACACCUGUUGUUGCGCUCACCUUCUUGCUGCGCGACCGUGGCGACGAGCUUCGUAGUCUCCGUCUGAUGAUGUCUGCGAUCGUGUUGGCAUCCCGACUAUUGAUGUUUUCGCCGCUGACGGCUGUUGACACAAACGCAUCAUGGACCGAGAUAAACAAACCGUGCUGCUUUAGAGACAGUUUUGCCCUUUUAACAAUGGGCACACAGUAACUACUAAUAUGACAGUUUAUCUUCUCUGUUACUGCAACCAACCGCCACACAUGCCUUCACCAUUUUGAUGAAUCAAUGUUAACAAUUGUCUGGAAGGUUUUUGGGUUCGUUUACUAGGCAGUGAUUCCUUAGACAUGCAGAAAAACACGCAGUAAUUGGAGGAAUGUACUGUAUGUAGCAGUAAUAGGUAGAAACGAUGAGUUGACGGACAAUAUGCCAGCACAAGUCAGGGGGGCGGAGUUGUGACGUCAUGUGAGUAGGGUCUAUUACGUGCAUAGAACACCAUAUUAAGAGCCAUGUGAUUUUGUAUAUGGAGUGAUUGUAUAUUGAGUGCUGAUGAAUCUGUCAAUUUGUAAUAUAUUAAUUUUGUGAGUAUUAAAAAUGUGCUUUCUCAACGUCUAAAAUUUUGAUUUGAGGGGGGCAAGACAUUUAUUUGAGGGAGCACUGCCCCCUCUUUCCCCUGCGUAGACCUGACCCCACGGCCCAUUAACUAUGAAAAAUGCGAUUAAGUGUGAAUAAAAAUGUUAAUGUCUUGACACCACUACUUUUAACAGUAAAAAUGAAUUCUCAUCACUAGGA